GGGUUGGGGGGAUGGCGCGGACCUCGGGGCCGGCACCGCCGUAUCCCGGAGGCGGCAAAGCACAACUUUCCUCCGCUUCUCCCCCCGGAGCCCAGCUCCUCCGGCUGCCGCUGCCGCUGCUGCUAUUGCUGCUCUUCCCGCUGUUCUUUUCCCGGUUCUGCGGUGCCUUAGCUGGACCAAUUAUUGUGGAACCUUAUGUCACAGCAGUGUGGGGGAAGAAUGUUUCAUUGAAGUGUAUAAUUGAAGUAAAUGAAACUAUAACACAGGUUUCCUGGGAGAAGAUUCAAGGCAAAAGUUCACAGACUGUGGCAGUUCAUCAUCCUCAAUAUGGAUUCUCUGUUCAGGAGGCCUAUCAGGGGAGAGUCUUAUUUAAAAACCAUUCACUUAAUGAUGCAACAAUUAUUCUCCGAAAUAUAGACUUCUCAGAUUCUGGAGAAUAUAUAUGUAAAGCAGUUACAUUCCCAUUAGGAAAUGCACAGUCAACUACAAGUGUAACUGUACUGGUUGAACCCACCGUGAGCUUAAAAAAAGGACCAUACCCUUUAAUUGAUGGUGGAAAUGAAACAGUAGCAGCCAUUUGUACAGCAGCCACCGGAAAACCAGUUGCACAGAUUUCUUGGGAAGGUGAUCUUGGUGAAAUGGAAUCCACUGUAACUUCUUUUCCAAAUGAGACUGUGACAAUCGUAAGCCAAUAUAAACUUAUACCAACCAAAUUUGCCCGAGGAAGACGUAUUACUUGUGUUGUGAAGCAUCCUGCAUUAGAAAAGGAAAUUCGAUAUUCUUUUAUGCUGGAUAUACAGUAUGCCCCUGAAGUUUCAGUCACAGGGUAUGACGGAAAUUGGUUUGUUGGAAGAAUGAAUGUUAAUCUCAAAUGUAAUGCAGAUGCAAAUCCACCACCUUCACAGUCUAAAUGGAGCAGAUUGGAUGGACAGUGGCCUGACGGUUUAGAGACUUCAGAGAAUACUCUGUAUUUUAUCAAUCCACUAACUUACAAUUACUCCGGGGUUUAUAUCUGUAAAGUUACAAAUUCCCUUGGCCAACGAAGUGCCCAAAAAAUCAUCUACAUAUUAGAUCCUCCUACUACUACCACCCUACCACCUACAGUUCAAUGGCGUUUCUCAACAGUUGAAUUUGAAGAUGUAAAUGCUCCACCUAAAAAAUUGCCUUUCCCAUUAUCAACUUUGGCAACAAUUAAGGAUGGCACAAUUGGCACCAUCAUCGGUGGUGCAGUGGGUGGGGCUCUCUUCCUGAUACUUGUAAGUGUCUUGGUUGGAAUAUUCUUCUAUAGGAGAAGACGGACGUUCCGUGGUGACUACUUUGCAAAAAACUACAUUCCACCAUCAGAUAUGCAAAAAGAAUCGCAAAUUGAUGUUCUUCAUCAAGAUGAGCUUGAUUCUUAUCCUGACAGUGUAAAAAAAGAAAAUAAACAUCCAGUUAACAAUCUAAUAUCUAAAGACUACUUAGAAGAACCUGAAAAAUCUCAGUGGAACAAUGUAGACAAUCUGAACAGGUUUGAAAGACCAAUGGAUUAUUAUGAAGAUAUAAAAAUGGGAAUGAAGUUUGUUGGUGAUGAAAGUUAUGAUGACAACGAAGAUGACUUAGUUUCACAUGUAGAUGGUUCAGUAAUUUCCAGGAGGGAGUGGUAUGUUUAGCAACCACUAAAUGAAAGUGACUCUGUACAAUAUUUCAUUCAUUUUAGUUGAUCAUUUUCAGAUUGUUCAUACUUUUUCUUGAAGGAAGAAUAAGCUUUUUGGAGUUGAUUUUCAGGCUUUUUAUAUUCUAACUUGACAAAUGGAAAUGUAAAAUCUAGGUUAAAUGUAUCUGAGCUGCUUUAUAUUUUUUUUUCAAUGCUGUACUACUGUCUCAAGAUUUGAAUUUUAAUGCAGAGUACUUUAUUGGUCUGUGGCACAGGUAAGAAGAAAAAUGUUAACUUAAAAUUAAAUGUAUAAUUUGUUUUGGUACAAAAAUUAAAAAAAAAGCAACUACUUUGGCAUUGUGUAUUAAAUGUUUACUUAAGACUAUUUUCUCAACUUUGUUAAACAUAUACCUCUUGAUCUCAAAGGUUUUCACCAUCAAAUGACAGUACAUGAAAAUUGACUCAGAUUUGUUCAAAUUUUUGUUUUAUGUAUUCAAAAACAUACAGCCUGGUGAACCAUUUUCCCUUUUAAAAAUAUUUUCUAAGGUUAACUGAAAAGGAAUGAAUAUCUCUUGUCAUUAUGACAAUAGUCAGGUACACUUUUAAAGAUACUUUGCACUGAAACCAUUAGUUGACUAAAUAAAUGGGGAUUAGUUAACUAAAUAAGAUUUUGUGUAAUUUUAUUCAUUACCCUUCAUAGUUGGCUUUUAAGACAUAUAAAGAGCUAUAAAGAAUAGAAAAUCUUAAAUAAUUUUGCAUAUAUUUUAAUUUCUGGAGAGGGAAAAAUCGUGGUAAUAUUAACAUUGGAUAUGUAUGGUACAAUAAGUAUCAAAGCUAUCUUUUGCUUCUUAGCUCUUUCCAAAAUAUCUUCUUAUAGAGGAGUAAUCUAUGAUAGAAUGUCAAUUCUAGUGCAGGUGGAAUUAUGAGGUGUAGACAAGAUUUGGUUAUAAUAUGCAAAUAAGAAAAAUAUAUUUGGAGUUAAAAGAUUUUGUGUAUUUUGCAAUAUUGUUUAGACUUCUUUCUAAUCAUUUAAGGUUGGCUUUAGUCAGAGAUGAAAAAAAUACUGAAUUCUCAAGGAUCCCAAACUUAGCAAUAUUUGGAUUGUUUGUAGUCAGUAAAUUGUAGAUUAGAAGAUCAUUCCAUAUUUAAUUAACUUAGUUUGUCAAAAUAUUUUUCUAAAACUUUUUUUUCCUGUAUGCUUUUAGAUCAGUGUUUGAAAAUUGUUGGGUUUUUAAUUUAAAGUCAACAUUAGUAUUUCCUUUUCCUGAAGUAUGUAUAUUUGACAGCGGGCUAUCCAAAUCUUUAAAUAUUGAUUUUUUUCAUAAAAUGAUUAAAAUUUAAAUGUUUCUACAGUGAAGAACUGGAAUUACCACAGUGGUUUACCUGUUAUGUUGUCCAAAGAAAUUAUUUUGUGAUUUAACGGAUAAGGUAAUAUCUGGAAUUUUCUUUGGCUUUUUUUUUUAACUGUGACACUAAUGGGAUAAUGGGAGUUGUCGAUAAAUAAUCUUGUGAUUGAAAAAAAAAAAGAGGUAUAGAGGUAUUUCCUGAGGUUAUGCUGAAUAAGGCUUAAUGCAAACUGUGAACAAAAAAGUUAUGGCUAUGUAAAAGAGGUUCUUUUGAAAAGAUUUUAUGAUGAUUAAUACCUAAAAACAAGAUGAUGAAUAUGUAUGAAAUAGUUACUUUGACUUUAAAAUCAUAACUUUUUUUUUGGUGGGAUAAUUCCCUCAAUAAAAUACUGCAAGUAUAUAAUAUCAGAUUGAAGAUAGAUAUGUAAUAGUUUAUUAAUGCCUGUCAUUGAAAGAUUCUUUUAGAAAAUUUAGUACUAAUAAACAUAAUGCAAAUUCAAAUCACUAGAAAAAUAAUUUGGAACAUUAUAAAAGUUACACAGUUUUGCAAAUAUGUAUUUUUUUUGAAGUGGCAAAAGCACCUCAAGAUGAUCUGUAGAAUUUAGAGAACUUUACCACAAAUAUAGUAUCUGUAUUUUAAAAAUAGACAAUACACUGUGAUUGAAGUAAGUUUUUUGAAGGGAAAAUUUGUGGCUCCAUGCUUAAAUUGUCAGUAUUGGUGUUUUGACUACCAAAAAAAAUUAGAUCUGAAUUUUUUUUUUUUUAUCAGUUAAGAGAUACAUGUUGGCUUCUUAUUUGACCAAAGUUUCAUAUUUAGAAUAAUUACAAACCAGAUACUGUAUAUAAUUCUCAUCUUGGGAGUAACUCUUAAGAAAUGUGUAAUGUAUUUAUAAAACUAUAUUUCAGAUGUUCAAAGAUUAAAAUUUACUCUAUUAUCUUUGAAAGAUAGCUUGUUGUCCUAGAAAAAUUAAUUACAUAUUGUGAACUCACUUUUUCACGUGGGAUAUUUUGCGCCUUCUAUAAAUUUAAGAGUUUUGUAAUAUUCAGACCUUUGAGUAUUUGCUAUAUUCGGUGUAUUCUUUACCAAUUUAAAUAAUUUGGUAAGCUUUACAAAGUUUCAGAAUUUAACUUCAGACUGAUGAUACUCGUGUUAACUUUCAAAAGCAUUGCAGUAUUGUUUCUUACAUUAUGUAUGUUUGCUGUAAAUAGAGAACUGAUUGUAAACAUGAAUAGUUGUGUGAAAUAAACAUUUUUUAAAUUAA